AAAUUUAAGCAGCAGAGACGAAAAGGGAAAUUGACAGAAUGCAGCAAUUCAAAAUAUGAGAUAGAAAAUCAAGGAUAUCUUCCUAAUUGUUGCUCAGGUACGAAAAUGUCUGACAGACCGAAGCUUAUUGUUUCGUUUGUGGAAAGCAGGAGACUGGACAAGGAUGAGCUUGAUAGUGACGAAGAAGAAUUGGAAGAAGAGGAUUUUGAAUUCAGUGUGAGUGGACUAAAAUCUGUAACUCCUGAACUACGUCAAGUAACUAUGAGGAUUCUCAACCUAGACAAACCAGUGGAAACAGUGUCAGUUAAAUGUCGUCUUCCUUGGACUUGGCCUUGGCUUCAGGCUACCAUACAGCUGAAGUGUAAAGUUACGAAGUACUUAUCGGAGAUUAAUCAGCUGCAUAAUGGAACUUUCAGCGUUAUUCAAUAUCAUCUUAACCAGACUCAGGGAGACCUUGGUAUGGGUAUAUGUAUUCAGUUUAUCAACUCUUUAAAGGACAAGGAUACAGACGACGGUCUUGUGGCAGGGUUUGGAAGUUGUAAGGAUGAAUUUGGGGUUUUCCUUAGAGAUCUUGUAUACGAGAAUCCAGCUGAAGUCAGACUUGGCAAUCUUUCUGAACUGCUGGAUAAGUUUGAAUCUUAUAAUUCCGCUGCAGCUCAACUUUUCCGUCAGCUUAUAUCUUCUUCAGUGGCUGGUAAGGUUUGGUUACUAGCAACAAAUCAACCCUUUUUCUUCAGAGCUGCACCAAUACUCUUUAAUAAGAAAAUUAUUUCUAUCUUACCAUCUGAAGAUGAUUCACUGGAGAUGGUUCGGAAGAAGAAAGCUCUGCUGGAUAAACUUGAAGAGAUAACUCAGGAGGCUCCAUGGAAAAUGGGGUUUUCAGAUAUUAUGUACAGUGAAACUAACUUUUCAGGUCUUGAAGCCCCUUACUUCGCUAUGAAGACUGCUUGGUUCUUCGAUGGGCUCGAAGAUAUCCAUAAGUCCAGUCUACUGCUGUAUGAUGCCAUCAAGACAGAAUGCCGGAACCGUGGGCACACCUUUGUUCUCCAGGGGAAUAUGAAUUUCUGGUUUGAAAGCUAUUUAAAAUCUAGAAGAAGACUUGCUAAAAAAGAAGAAGAUCUUGAGGAGAUGCCUAGGAAUUCUUAUGAUGCUCUCUUGUUUUUACUGGAGCACGACGUCCUGAUGCAGGAGAUUAAAGGAGCUGAGGAGAGGUUUCAUCUCAUGAGAUUCUGGAGAGCUGAGGAGGGAAUCUGUUCUCAUUUGCAGGAUAUACUUAAGGAGCCUGAUUGGGAGCUUCCUGUGGAUCUCGAGGAACCUCAGUUUAAAAGGAUACAAGAAGAUGAAGAUCAGAUGAGAGCUGCUGGGUGUAUCCGGAGUAAGCCAAUAACCCUAAUCAGUGGUAGAGGAGGUACUGGUAAAACUGAAGUAGUUUCUGCAGUUCUCUCAGCUGCAGAGAAAAUGAUGCUCUGUGAAGAUGCUUCUCUGCUCACAGAUGAUCUUAACAGCAGCGUUCUCACAAAUGAUAACAGUACGGAUAACCAGACAGAUGUAAUCACAUCUGAUGAGGAGGAUGCUGAUAGCGCGGCUGUGAUGUGGAGAAAACAUAAUCCAGAUGUUUUUAAAGAUACUGAAAACUCCAUUUCCAAGGCGGUAGAAAAGACGACUAGUAACGGCCCUAUCCUCUACUGUGCACCUACCGGUAAAGCUGCGAGUGUUAUUAAAAAGAGAGUUGGGAAAAAGGCAUUCACUAUUCAUCAGGUUCUAGCUAGUUGGAAGAUCUAUAAGAGUGGGGAUAUGUUGGGUGUAUGGAAAUUUGCUGAAACUAGAAUAGUUGCGGUGGAUGAGUGUUCUAUGGUCUCCCUGGAACUCUUCCAUUGGUUGAUCAAAUACCUGAGGAGUGGAAGCAUGCUUCAGAAAAUUGUACUCUUAGGUGAUCAUCUUCAGCUGCCCUCUGUAGAUCCUGGAAAUUUUAUGGCUGAUCUUCAUGCAGCUCUCAAACAGAAAGGAAUGGUUGUAGAAUUAAAAACCAACCACAGAUCAGAGGGAAACCUAAUAUUCAACAAUGCAACCAAGAUUUCAGAGCAGAAGAUUCCAGAGUUUGAUAAGGAAGCAGGCUUUUCGUUAAUCAUCCCUGGAUCUUCUAAUUUGUACAAACUUCCACCAUUGAUUAGAAAAGGAGCUUUUAAACUAGAUCCUUCAACAACUAAACCAUUAGAUACUGUAGUACCGAGGCGGGGUCGUGAAGGAUUGGGAGUAGAGAGAAGAGAACUGUACUGGGCUCUUCUUAGAGAUAAUCAGCUGAGGUUCAAUAUCAAAGAUGAUGAAAAAUCUCAAAUAAUAUCAUUUAUCAACAGGGAUUGUGAAAGCUUAAACCAGUUUGGUUGUUUUGUAUACAACAAACAUACUAUGUACGAGCUGACAAAGAAGUGGAAAAAACAAUUUCAUAUCCGAGAUAAAGUGAUGUGCACAAAAAACGCCGACAUUAGCGUUUAUGAGCCUGAGGAUAAAUCAGAAGACGAAGAUAAUAUAAAAUCUUGUAUUCUUGAAGAAAUAAACGAUGGAAUCUACAAAGAACCAAAUUUAGUUCUCCGUGAGAGAAAGGAGAGAUUAAUGAAUGGUAGCCUGUACAAGAUUAGAGCAGUUGUAAAGAAGUCUGUCAAACUACAAAAAGAGGAACAACAAGAAUUGCAGGCUGAAGGAGACGACCCUGGAGCCAAUCUAAGCUCUGCUGGUUCUCUACAAGAAGGAAAACGAGGAGGAGGUGAAGGAGGAGGAGGGGAAGGAGGAGGAAGGGAGGAAGAGGAGAGGAGUAUGGUUACUGAGUACUAUGUACUUGAUGAUCUAGCAGGAGAUAUUGUCAGAGCAAACAAGGAUAUGCUUAGCAAGAAGUGCAAGCUGAGUCAUGCUUGGGCAUUGUCAAUUCAUAAAUUUCAAGGUAGCGAAGCUGACACUAUUGUAUACGCUUUGUCUGGUAGUCCCUAUGAAACAUGGCAGCAUGUGUACACUGCUGUAACACGUGGUAAAAAGAAUGUCGUCAUCCUUGGAUCAUUCAAGGAACUUCAAGAUGCUAUAAGACGACGACCUCCUCUUCGCCAAACUGCAUUGAAAGAGAAAGUAAAGAGUCUUCUAAUCAAGGUUGAAAAGGAAAAGAGAGAAAAACUGAUGAAUCUUGACUCUAAUAUGACAAAGAGCCAAGGAAAUAGGAACAAAUCUCCAAUACUACAAUAUAUAGUGCCCAGAGAUUCGAAUGAGAUGCUCCUACCAUCUCCAUCUAAACUAAUAGCAAGGCUAUCAAUGUCAACUUCAAACCCUAUAACCUCCGGAGAGCCUCAAAACUCAGCCUCUAACUCCUCCAUCCCUUCGAGGCCACUCCUUAAUCCUAGAUCAUUAAUUCCAUCUGUGAUAGUAACUCAUGACUGUGAUUUGAAUCCAAUCUUAGUUGAAUCUUUCGACGAUACCGACGGUUUUAAUGAGGCCAUCUCUCAGAUUCCCACAGAGAUUCCUCAGGAAUAUCAAAUGUCUGUUGAAAAAUCUCCAGUUAAGCGUAAAAAUGAAUCCAGACCGUUGAUAAAAACACCACCAAAACUUUCCAGGGUUGGUUUGUUGAGUGGGAAACGUAUUGCUGAGAAUAGUCCUGCAUCAUACCUCAACCAGUGCCAGACUGAUAGUCCUGCAACCUACACUUCAAGCCGAGCAGGUCCUCGUGAUAGGACGCAGGACACAACUAAUCAGGAAAUGGUAGACUAUAGUGGUGUUCUUUUUGAAGACUUUGAUUCCGAGGAAGAACAGAUUUUUAGCCAAGCUGCUGAUAGUGCUGAAGCAGCUUCUGGUUCAGGCUUCUGACAGUGAAGAAGCAGCUAUCAGUGCAAACUACUGACAGCGCUGAAGCAGCUUCGAAUUAAGGCUGCUGACAGAUUGAAAGUUGAUUUUAUUCCAGGCUCCUGACAUUCCAGAAGCAGCUUCCAACUUAGAUGCGGACAGUGCUGAAGUAUCUUCUUGGUCAGACUGCUAAUUGUGCAGAAGCUGCUGACAAAUUAGAAGCAGCUUCUGGCUCAGCUGCUGACUGUGUUGAAGCAGUUUCUAAUGCAGGCUGCUGAGAGUCUAAAAGCAGAUUUUAAUGCACUGAAGCAGCUUCUGGCUUAGCUUCCAACAUUGUAAAAGCAUCUUCAAUGGCAAGGAUUUUUGUAAACGACAAACCAGUGAAUAGAAUCUAAAAAAUUCCUUGUUGUAUUUGUAUACUUUUUAAUCUUAUCAAACUUUAAGACUAGUACAAUAAAAAGCUCUAGCAAUGAAG